AAGUCUCCAACCAAACAAUUCUUUACAAAAUUCUCUUCGCCCCAACACCAAAAGAGACAUGAUCAAUGCUCUCGGCUCCAUGAAUAUCUAUCGAGUGUUGCUGCUCAUUCUUGUCCUAUUGCAAGCCAUGAUGUGCAGUGUCGAGAGUAGUCAGCGGUGCGUUGCAUCAUCCUGUGGUGACAUUCGUAAUAUAAGCUUCCCGUUUCGACUAAAAGGUGACCCGAUAGAAUGUGGCAACUCAAAGUUUGAACUGACUUGUGAAGAUAAUCACACUGUUCUAUACUUUGAUGAUGGCCGAUACUAUGUGGAAUCUAUCAAUUAUACUGCUGGGCAAAUCAAAUUGGUUGAUGACGGGCUGCAAAAGGAUAACUGCUUGUCUCUCCCCCGUCAUUCAUGGGUGCUGUAUAACCUCACCAAUUCAAACAGCCCAUACUGGCAGAUUGACAACAAUUUAUUGGUCAUUACGAACUGCUCAAAGCCGGUUAGUUCUCCAUUCUACAUUGCUAACGGUCCAUGCAUGAAGGGGUCGUACUCUUCUAGCACAUCAUCGAAUUGGAAUUUGUAUGCUUUGGUCAAUCCAAAAGCAUCGUAUAUCAUGGAUUUUUGCACCAUUCACAGUUUGACAUGGGUAGCAUAUAAUUUUGGGAGUGAAGAGCAGAUAAAUAGCAGCUCCUACAACUACAAGCUCAUCCAUAACAUCAUGGCCGAUGGAUUCAGUCUCGAAUUUGAUGUAUCUUCAAGCAAGAAAGUUUUCUUCUGCUUCUUUGAUUUCUUGAGCAUCCACUAUGGUCUCACGGGUUGCAGAUCCACUGACUUCUAUGAUCUCAAGAUUCUUCCAAUUUGGACAGCUUUAGAAUUUACAACAUUAUUAGUGUAUUUCUUUGCAGCUAAAUUCGUAAUUGGGACACCAUUUGUCAUGAUAUUUCUAAUUUACAAGUAUAGAAGAAGGCACUUAGCAAUGGACAAGAACAUCGAAGAAUUUUUGCAAGCUCAUAACAACUUUUUGCCCAUAAGGUACUCUUACUCGAAUAUUAAGAAGAUCACGGGAAAUUUUAAGCAAAAACUAGGUGAAGGGGGAUAUGGCUCUGUGUACAAAGGAACUCUUAGAAGCGGUAGCGUAGUGGCCAUCAAGAUUUUAAAACAGUCUAAGGCCCAUGGCCAAGAUUUUAUCAAUGAAGUGGCCACUAUUGGAAGAAUUCAUCAUGUUAAUGUGGUGCAACUCAUUGGUUUUUGCUUUGAAGGCUCGAAACAGGCUCUCGUGUAUGAUUUCAUGUCAAAUGGAUCCUUGGAUAAGCACAUCUUCAUGGAGAAAUGUGAUAAGUUUCUUGAUUACAUGAAAAUAUAUGAGAUCGCUCUUGGGGUGGCGAGAGGGAUUGAAUACUUACAUCGGGGAUGUGACAUGCAAAUACUACACUUUGAUAUCAAGCCUCAUAACAUUCUUUUAGACAAGAAUUUCACUCCGAAAGUUUCUGACUUUGGACUUGCGAAACUUUAUCCUACGGAUCUUAGCAUAGUUUCAUUGACUGCUGCAAGAGGAACCUUGGGAUAUAUGGCGCCUGAGUUGUUCUACAAAAACAUUGGUGGCGUAUCUUAUAAAGCGGAUGUCUACAGUUUUGGUAUGUUGCUUAUGGAAAUGGCUGGUAGAAGGAAGAAUAUAAAUGCAAAUGUAGAACACUCAAGCCAAAUUUAUUUUCCAUUGUGGGUUUAUGACCAAGUCAAUGAAGGUACAAGUGUUGAAAUGGAAGAAGCUGUAGAAGAGGAAAGGAAGGUGAUAAAAAAGAUGAUAAUAGUUGCCCUUUGGUGCAUACAAUUAAACCCUAACCAUCGCCCUCCAAUGAACAAAGUCCUAGAAAUGCUAGAAGGAGAUAUUGGCAAACUUCAUAUGCCUCCAAAACCGCUUAUUUACCCACCGGAUGUGUCAACUAACAAUGACAAAGCCGAGAUGGAACUAGAAACACUUUCAACUUUACCAAGUGCUUCGGUAAUUUCAGAUAGUUUUCUUUUUAGAGAUAGCAAUGUUGUUUAGAGAACCAUGCACUGUUUGAUUGGAAAAACUUUGUAUAUGUGCCCACAGCCUAGAAUUAUUUUGGGAGGUACUUAAGCUAGUUUAUCUAGACCCUAAUUACUUUAAGAUUGUAUUCUUGUGGCUCUUACAUUAAUGUUGUGUUAUUAUACUUUGUAUA